CAGCCCUCGCGUGGGCGGGGGGAGGGCAAGAUGGCGGCCCAGGCUUUGGCGCUGCUGAGGGAGGUGGCGAGGCUGGAAGCGCCCCUGGAGGAGCUGCGUGCGCUUCACUCGGUGCUGCAGUCGGUGCCGCUCAGCGAGCUUCGCGAGCAAGCGGCGGAGCUGCGCCUUGGUCCGCUUUUCUCCCUGCUCAACGAGAACCACCGGGAAAAGACUACUUUGUGUGUAUCCAUUCUGGAGAGACUGCUCCAAGCUAUGGAGCCAAUUCAUGUGGCCCGGAACCUCAAAGUUGACCUGCAGAGGGGAUUAACUCACCCCGAUGAUUCUGUAAAGAUCCUCACUCUUUCUCAGGUUGGAAGAAUUGUUGAAAAUUCUGAUGCUGUUACUGAGAUUCUAAAUAAUGCUGAAUUACUAAAACAAGUUGUUUAUUGCAUUGGUGGAGAGAAUUUAUCAGUUGCUAAAGCGGCCAUCAAAUCCCUGUCAAGAAUAUCACUAACCCAGGCUGGAUUGGAGGCUUUAUUUGAAAGCAAUCUCCUGGAUGAUUUGAAAAGUGUAAUGAAAACAAAUGAUAUUGUUCGAUACAGGGUAUAUGAGCUAAUUGUAGAGAUUUCUUCUGUGUCACCAGAAUCUUUAAACUACUGUACCACAAGUGGAUUGGUAACCCAGCUCCUGAGAGAACUGACUGGUGAGGAUGUGCUAGUCAGAGCCACCUGUAUAGAAAUGGUGACAUCACUGGCAUAUACUCAUCAUGGACGACAGUACCUUGCUCAAGAAGGAGUAAUUGACCAGAUUUCUAAUAUAAUUGUUGGGGCAGAUUCAGACCCUUUCUCUAGCUUCUAUUUGCCAGGUUUUGUGAAAUUUUUUGGAAACCUGGCUAUCAUGGAUAGUGCUCAACAGACCUGUGAGCGUUACCCAGUCUUUGUGGAAAAAGUCUUUGAAAUGAUGGAAAGUCAGGACCCCACCAUGAUUGGCGUAGCAGUAGACACAGUUGGAAUCCUAGGAUCCAAUGUUGAAGGGAAACAGGUUUUACAGAAAACAGGAACUCGCUUUGAACGCUUGCUCAAGAGAAUAGGACAUCAAGCAAAGAAUGCUUCGACAGAGCUAAAAAUUAGAUGUUUAGAUGCAGUUUCAUCUCUUCUGUACUUACCACCUGAGCAGCAGACUGAUGACCUACUGAGGAUGACAGAAUCCUGGUUCUCCUCUUUAUCUCAGGACCCACUGGAGCUCUUCCGUGGCAUCAGUAAUCAACCCUUCCCUGAACUGCACUGUGCUGCCUUAAAAGUGUUCACAGCCAUUGCGAACCAACCCUGGGCUCAGAAACUUAUGUUUAAUAGUCCAGGUUUUGUAGAAUAUGUGAUGGACCGGUCUGUGGAGCAUGACAAAGCUUCAAAGGAUGCCAAAUAUGAACUGGUGAAAGCACUUGCCAAUUCUAAGACAAUUGCAGAAAUCUUUGGGAACCCAAAUUAUUUGAGGCUCAGAACUUACCUAAGCGAAGGUCCAUACUAUGUGAAACCUGUUUCUACAACAGCAGUAGAAGGAGCUGAAUGAUUUCUUCUAGAGUGUGAUAUAGAGGACCGUGUUUUGACCAGAAUGCCUCCUAAGGCAUUUGACUCCAGAAUUAUCAUGGAGUGUCUAAUAUAACUUUUAUCACCAACAUUGUUGUAUUUCUACAUGGAAACACAAAGUGGAACCAGGAGUUUGGAAUACAUUAAGAGCAGGCAAACUUAGUCAUAAAAGUACCAAUGUUUUUCAGAUUCCUUUGACUGUCUUAAUCUUUGCAACAAGAUGUAAGUUUUGUUCUUCUCUCAGAAAAUUUUUAUGGACACACGGUCUUAUUUAAAAAAUCUACUUCAAAUAAAGUGGAACCAAAUUGUUUCCAAAUUCUCUUUAUCACACUUUUUUUUUCUUUUUGGUCCUUUUUCUGUUUCUGAUUCUACUCUCAAAGUCUUGGAUAUAGUCUUUAAAAAAUGAAUAGUGUGGAAUCUUAAAAUUAUGUUCUCUAUACUAAGAAUAAUCUUUUUAUAAGGUCUUUUGAUUUUGUUGUUAAUAUUAUUAUUUUGAAAAAUAAACAUAAAAUCUCUA